CGAACAUCGACAGGGUAACAAAUACCCUCUUAAAAGCAUGCAAUAUGGAUGGAGUCUCCUGUCAGUGCCUCAGACUGAGGAAAAAGGAAAACAUGACCACAUGUCCGAUACUCUUACAGUUUCCAGACGAUAGGAGCGCAUCUAAAUUUGUACGCAGUAAAAGACUAGUUGCUGCACAAACUAAUUUUAAAAAUAUUAUUAUCAAACACGAUCAAACGCCUCUUCAAAGACGAUUAACAAUGAAACAAAACCCUCCACCCAUCAUAUACCCCAUGUUCCUACUAAUGAAGCCAGUACUGACGCUAUCAUCAGCAAUGUCGACCUUGACAAGUCAACCGCGUCGUCUAAUAUAGGCGAUGAUGGACAUCUCAGUCUUCAGCGGCCUCAUGAAAGAAUCUCAAAUAGCAGUAGUGAUGUGUCCAAAACUAAAACUACCAACCAAGCUGAAAAUACAACGACGCAGACACCUGCUGACCACACACUCAACUCCCCUAUCCCUUCUCCAAACUGCGAGCCUUUACAAAAGUUUACAGUAACUGUACCUGAGACCUAUCGUGAGCGAGACAAAAAAUCAGAUUGUAACGUUGGCAGCCCGAAAAAUAAAUCUCAAUCCGACCCGAAUGAACUAAGCUAUAGGUUAUCUCCGACCAACCGAGGCGUAGGCAAAAACAGGGGAAAGCACCCUGCCAGAAUUUCUCCCAUAAGCACUCAAAGCUCAUUAGGUCUGAAGCAACCACCACCAGAGCGUAGGGAUAUGCAGCU